AUGGCCCCUCAAGGACACCCUGGUGAUGAGCCUUUGCUCCUUCUGCGUGACUCGCUGGUCGCUUUUCGAAGCGACUUAGAAGUUCUGUUCCAAGCCCAGCAGAGGCACAACAACACUCGCAGGCUACUGCAGGACCUUUACGUACGACUUCUGUGGACUCGUCAGAACACAGACCCCGAAACCACGAGCGCAUCCACGAAAGUCGGAAUUGCUGGUGUGGGUAAGCUGUCCGACUCACCCAACUCCAAGGGUGCCCGUGCCAAGAAGCAUUCGAUCAAUCUCGAGAGCUUUGGUGGUGAGGAUGGGCUUCGAAGUCUGGUCUUGCAGUUCCUGGCAAAAGAGAAAGCCACACAUCUCCCCCACGACAGCAUCCAAGACAUCUGGGCUGAUGAGCUUUCCACUUCAUCGGCACGGGUCUCCGCUCUUAUCAGAGAUGGCAUGUGCUCCGACUGCUGGCAGUUCGUGCUGGCAAAGGACGGCUCCAGGUGGCAGAUUAUCCAGCAGAACAACUUGUCCGUCGUCCAGGAGCCCGGGAAUCAACAAGCUGGUGAGCCUCAGGCCGUCAGAGAAGCACAGACCUCGGGGCCUCGGGUCGUCGUGCGGAAGCUGAGCCACGACCUUCUGUGCCAGGCCAUAGAGUUGAUCGAGUCAGAUCCCAGCAAAGGUCACUCCUUUGCGGAACUGGCGAGCUGUUUGGGUUCGGAGCAUACCGUCAGCGUACUUGGCGAUGAGUACGAUGUGAAGAAAUUAUACAUCAAAGCCUUGAAGCUGGAUACUUCGCUCAAUGCUGCGAAGGAGCAGUUGGGGAAGUUGCUACAGGACGAUGGCCAGAAUCGCCAUGGUCUUGGAGAGGGAAGUGUCACGGACUGGGUCUCUUGUGCAAUUGGUGAAGAGUCGAGAAUGCUUGAAGAGGAUGGAAGCUGCUCUGCCGACAAUGCGGCGGCAGGCUCCUGCAUAAUGGAUGAGGCUUCCAAAAUCGAGGAGGAUAUGGCGAGGCUGUGUCCGCUCUUGAAAGCCGGGGCAGCUUUCUACGCCUUUACUGGGCGUUUUCUGAGUCGAACAACAGGGACGAUGUCCAUGGCGUCUUUGUGGCCGCGAGGUGUACAUCCAGAGCUUUUCGCAGAUGAGUACACCGUGUCUGUCCUGACAAUCGUGGGCCGGAUCCUCCUGGGGCUGUACAAAACCCGAGACAAGUCCUACGUCAACAUUCCAACAGCGAUGCUCGACCAUGACGCAGUCCUGGAUGUCGAAAACAUUCACGCACCUCUGUAUGAUGUUGACGGCAGUCCCAACUUCUAUUGGUUUGAGGCGAUCUUUCCACAGUUCAUCCUGAGGAGGUUGUACGUGCCGUUGAUGACUUGCUUCUACAGCGGCCUGCGAAAGAUGAACACCGAUGGUGAAGGAAAUUUGGAUGAUGCGCUGGACGAUCCGGCUUACAAUACAUGGGAAGCCGUCUUGAAGAACUCGAACAUGAGCAAAAGAGACUGGGUCCUCAGCUUCUACGACAUCGCACACACCUGGGAUGGCAACCUCUUGUGGCCAAAGCAGAUGACGGACUUCAGUGUCUACUUCAAGAAGGAUGAGUGGGAGGAUCAACUGGAGCGCGCCAUUGCCUUCCACCUCAUCGGCACACACAGGCUGGAAGCUGGCUCCUUCUCCGUGGAUGUGCCAGGCAUCGGCAGCAUGAAGCUUCCAUACAGGAUAGCGCUGAACGUCUUCAGCGAGCUGUCAGUACGGGAUGGUUUUGGCAGAUACGGCGUGGACUUGUACUUCAAUGAAGACGAGCUGCCAGUUCUUCUGGUGACCCCAGAUAAUCACACGGUCGUGCGAGGAGAUAAGCAGCAUGCCACCCGGAGUGUCUUCGCCACGGGUAGCGGUCACCACAAGUUUGCCAGACUAGUUCCAAGGUGGCAGUACUGGAAGUUUGUUUGGAGAAGCACCUUAAUCACAGGCAUCACGCUGGUCGACCACCUUCACUUCACGCAUUUCAGGAGCGCGAGCUUGCUUUCGCGGGCCAUUCGAAUCAAGCUGCCAUCUGAUCAUCCCCAGCGGCGUCUUCUGUCCAUUUUUACGUUUGGUUCUAUUUUUGUCAACAUCCAGGCAACACACGUGCUACUGGGUCCAAAUCAUUUGCUUCACCGGGCUACCCCUUUCUCGGACUUUCUCAAGCUGAGUCACAAAGUCCCGAAAAUGCUUGAUGAUGUCACCGAUGCUCCAUCGAUACAGGCAAUAGUGGAAGAUGCAGUGUGGAACGAGAAGCUUUCUCCUAAGUUGCGGUCAUUACCUUACUACGCUGAUGGCCGACUUCUUUGGGAGUCGAUCAAGAAGUUUAUAACAGAAAUUCUUCGGAGAAGCAACAUAUGCACGGAGGAAGGUGCUCUUCAAGAGGUGAUUACUGACUUCAUGAAAGAGCUUCUGGCUGAGACCUCCGAG